GAUGUGAAUUAGCCUUCUUCCUUGAACUUGUAGAUGAGCCGAACUGACCAUAUUGUUUUUGAUUCUCAAUUAUAUGGAAACGUUGGAAAUGUACAAUGGCGGAAAUAAUUUUGUUACUAUAUAUUAGGCAGCGUCGUAAAGGGUGGAAAUAUGUACGUAGUGGAGAGUUGAUAAAGCGUAGGAGAUGUAGGCUUCAUGAAGCUCGGAGCCCCGGUGGUGUCUAAACGCCGAGGGGGAAAGACUCGUUGAUCAUUGAAUGACGCCAGCCAUCUGAUGCAACCUCUUCAACCCCGAUUUGGGUAGACUGUGGCUGAAGCUCUACCUUAUUUAGCCACAUUUACCCCAAGAUUAUCCAAACGUUUUAGUUCAAACUUGAAGUUGUGACCCUGGUAACCUUUUUUUUUUGAAGCUUUCGUGUCCCUUUACACGCAAUCUGGGGGAUCCAUUAAUCUGCAUUACUUGCGCCGAUUUUACAACUGAAUUCAACAACUUUCUCGACGACAAACUUUCCACACCAAUUUUGAAACCAUUCUUGACUUACGAAUUCACAGCACUUCCAUUUUUAAAAUUAACGUAUUACCAAAAAUGGCGCCAAAGAAAUCCGCUGCUGCCGCUGCUGCUGCUGCCGCCGCCGCCAGCACUACGCCUGCGACAACAGCACCAACAACUACUACUACAAGCUCAACUAGCAGCACGAUUGCCACCAAGCCGACGACAUCCAACACCCCUCAAUCGAUCGACACCGUCACCCUGAACAUCGUCGAGCACUACCAGAAGACGACGCCGCAGCGCACGAAGCUGAUCGACGCAUUCAUGGCCUUCCUGGUCGUCGUAGGUGUCCUGCAGUUUGCGUACUGCGUCUUGGCGGGCAAUUACCCUUUCAAUGCUUUCCUCUCGGGCUUCUCUGCCACCGUCGGCCAAUUCGUUCUUACCGCAUCCCUACGCAUCCAGACCACAGAAGCGAACAAGGCAGAAUUCCCUUCCGUGUCACCAGAAAGGGCUUUUGCAGAUUACGUGGUCGGCAGUCUCAUCCUGCACUUCUUCUGCGUCAACUUCAUAAACUAGGUCACGAGAUAUGUUUGUAUGCGUGUGUAGGUACAGUACACAACCUAGGGUAGGUAGGUACCUAGGCGGGAAUUAUAUCAGGGGCUUGCUCGCUGGCUUGCUUGCUUGCUUAGCCGCUAGGAAUCUCCAUGUAAUGAAUGAGAGGAACUUGAAAAA